AUGGACAUACCAGUUAUAUUGCAAGACCUUAAGGAUUAUCAUCACAAAAUCAGUGAAAGGGAUGAAAUUAAAAAUUUCAAAGAAGGUUCUAGAACGAUUGAAGAUGAGUCAAUAGAUCAAGACAUUUUUGACGGAGUCAUAAAUAAAGAAGACUGUGUCCAAGACCUUUUUCUUCAAAAGUUAAAUAAUUUGCUCCCAAAAACUGCAAAAUGUCAAAAACUACAUCUCUUCAGCUUAUUUGCUAACUUCUUUUGAUUUAAAGUGACUAGGCAAGAUAUUUUAAAAAUUUUAAUAAAAUAAUACAAUAAAUUUCUCAAAUAAAAUUUUUCUUUAUGUAUAUAUUUUUCAAAUAAAAUUCGGAUAAGAAAUUAAAUAGCUUUUUAAAAAAAGGCUGAAAGCUUUAUAAGCUAAUUAAAAUAAUUCUGAAGAUGGGAAAUAAGCAUUUAGAUUCAAUUAGAGUUUUUGUAAAUAUUCCAACUACAAUACUGAGGGUAGAAAAUAUCUCGGUUCCAUUUUUGAUGAAAACUUUAAAAAAUGGAGCUAUUAUUUCUCGACCCUGCAUUGACAAUGAAUUUUUUAAGCUAAAUCCAAAGAAAAAUGAUGACUUUAACCCAAUUUUCUGCUAUAAAGUAGAAAAUAAGGAAAUUAUAACAUUCAGAUCAAUUGAAAGUGCUCAAACAAUUUGAAAAUCAGCCAAAAAGCCUGCAAUCAUGCAAUAUUAUGUACAAAGCUUCACAAAUCCAGCUUCUAUAACACGAGUUUUAUGAAAAAUCGGCUGUAACCUCAAAUUUUUCAAUAUUAUAAACCGCAACCUUCCAGCAAGAACCAAAUCAGAAUCAACAACCGAUUUUACCCCCAAAAAACCGACAAGAAAAAUAUAUCGCCCAUCUUCAGAUUUUCGCUGCUCAAGUACAUUUUCACAAAUAUCAAAAUCGAUAAUUGCCAAUAAGCCACAAAAUUAUUUAAGCACGACUGAAUUUUCUGAUAUUAAUGUCACUAAUGGAGAAAAUGAUGAAUUCUUAAAUAAAGAUAUUCCUUUAUUAACAAAAGAAAAUCUUCAAAGAUUCUCUGACAAUUUCAUAUCAAAUGAAUUUAUUGUAAAUUCUCAAAAACCUAAAAGUUGCAUAGGAGCAGAAAUAAAAGGAAAAUUCCCAGAACUAGAAAAAAUGGUCUCAGAAAUAACAAAUUUUUUAAAUGUCAAAGUAUUUAAAGACGACGGGAUAAAAGGAUUAGUGCUUGAUUUUAUCCAAGAUAAAGAUAAAAAUUGGGUGUUAAUUGAUUGCAAAGAAUGUGCAUUUACUAAUAAAUUGGGACUAGAAUUGAAUAAAAUCGGAGACAGAAAAUCCUCCUCAUUAUCAUCCAGAAGGCGAAAAUCUUCUGAUUUGCCCCAAAACUCCAAAAAUAAAAUUGAAUCAUCCAAAAGAUACUCCGAGACAAGUUUUACUGAAUCAGAUGAAAAAGAAAAAACUUAUGAUCUGCCCUUUAGGAUCAGAUCAAAAUCAAAAGAAUACUGCAAGCCAGAAGUUCCUCAACACUGGACCGAAAGGAAGGAGGAGACGUCCAAGCAGAGUCUCACUUCAGAAGUGCCAUGGCAUCAGGCGCUGAAGGAGAAGAAAGGUAGUGUCAGAGCUGAAGACUUGCCCAGCAAACCAUUACCCCAAUUCAAACAAGGCGAAGCAGAAGACGGCGCAAAGCGGAUGAACCACCCGUAUGGGAGGGUCCUUGGUGACUGCGUAACCAAUAAGGCAGACGCCAACCUGUAAGUUUAAGUUUAAGCAAGCCAGAAGUUCAAGAAAAAGAUAUUAUAGAUAGAAUACACAAAGUAAACGAAAAAAUUGAUAGAAUUGUAAGUCACGCACACUCUACAAGUCUAUGUGCGCUUGAUUUUAGAGAGCAAAGUAUCCAAGCUUACAAAAUGCGGUACAAUCUCAGGCCGUUUCUCUCCCCAAUUCCUCCAUCAGAACUCUACGAAUGCCCACUUAAUAGUAUACAAGUUGCCCGAUGAUGGCGUUCAAUGCGCCAUCAUCGGGCAACUAAAGUUCAGGGUCCACACUGGAAAUGGGUUCCACGUUUGAAGCCCUUUUUGGCACGUGAAAGUGAGGAUUCUCCACGUGCCAAAAAGGGCUCCACACGUGGAAUCCAUUUCCACUAUGGACCCUUAAAACACGUUGCCCAAUGAUGGCACAUUGAGCGCCAUCAUCAGGAAUUUCCUAUACCUUAAAAAUUGAAAAUGCUUCAUUUAUUAAGGAUUCUUUAAAUAGUGACAAAAACAAUUUAUGCAUCCGAAAGCACUUAAAAAAUGUGGCAGAUAAUCUAGAUGAAGCAAAGUUUAAAACCAAAUUGUCCAAAGUCAAUAAAAACUUAAGCGAAAAAUAUGGAGGAGAACAAUUUUGAAAUCAGUUUAUUUUGUCACUUUAUAAUAAAAUUUUGGCAAAUGAUAGCUUGACCAAGUAUUUUAAGAAAACGAAAUUAGAGACUUUUGGAAUGAUUAUGCAUGGGAUGUUCACAAUUUUUAAUGGAAUGGUAAAUCUUGAGUUUAGAAGGAAUAUAAGGUCAUCACACCAUAAUUUAGGGAUUACUGACCAUGAAUUUGAAAGCUAUUCUGACAUUUUUGAAAGUACUUUGUAUGAAUUUCAGAUUGAAGAGAUAGAUAGACAGCUUAUGAUGUCUCAAGUUAAAUCUUUGAAGUGCCUAGUAACAAAAGGAAUAUAA